AUUGGACAGAGCAGAGUCCUCUAUUCUUGGCCAUCAGUCUGUCUUUGGGCUCCAGCUACACAUAGAAUGUGCUAAGUCCCUGAGACCAGGACCCAGUGACUUUAGGGGCAAGGGAGUGUUCAGGAGGAAUCUACACUCAGUGCCCUGAGCCUGACCUCACCAUGAUCAAUGCAGAGGGGAUCUCCCUGUGGCUUCACAGACUGAAGAUAGGAAGCUUAAUUUCUUACUAGGAAGGUACAUCAUUCAUGUUGAGGAUUCUGGUGUGAAAAUCUCCAUUUAUACCCAGCAGUCAGGUGUGAGCAUCAAGGCCCCUUCUGGCACUCCCUGAAUUUUAUAUUUGUAAUUACCUUUUCUGGACACCCACCAGGCUGUAUCUCUAUGACAUGGAGCUUGUGCCUUAGGGUUCCUGUCCCUUCCAGGCUGCUCAAGCUGGGGAUUGGGAUUCUGCUAUCUGGGAUGCUGGAAGGCCAAAGCCAGUGAACACAUAGGUAUCUCUAGUACAUCAGAACUUGCAAAUAGCCCCAGGUGCUUCAGAAAAAAAGUCUCUGCUUCUCUAGAGUAGAUGGGGGAAGAAACCUGUUUGAUAUGUUGGAAGUAUAAGCAGUGGAAGAAGGAUCUGCAGCAAUUACAUAUGGAAGCUUAAUAGAAACCACUCAGGAGCUGAAGUGUUGUGCUUGGGAGAGAGAAGCCAGCAAGGGGGCAGAGAGCCUGCGGGUAAGGCCCCCUCCUCAGACUGAAAUAGGCACAUGUUCAAGAACUAAGCUUUCUGGGGCUUGGUGAAAAAUUGGGUGGCAGGCAGCUUGCUUCAUUCUUCAGAAAGAGAAUUCAGGAUUAGAUGAGAGCCUGUCUGAGGCUUAUCCACUGCCCUUUCCUUAUAUGCUGACCAUAUCCCCAAGCCAAAGUCCUAGAUAUCUAAGUCUCCUCCUCUCUGCAGUGGUAUUAAGUAUCUCCUGGCUAUGAAGUGGCUCAGAAAUCAUACUCCAUCCACACUUCCUAAGUACCUGGACCCUCACUGAUCCCCCUACGAUUGCUACCAGCAUUUUUAAAUACAGGAAUCAGGAUGCCAAGAGCUAACUGUGUGUUGAGCAUAUGCUCCAGAGGCCACUGCUAAGUUGGACAGGCUGCCCAUACCUACUGCCAUCUGGCCCUGAAUGGGGCGGUGGGGCGGUAAUGUUAAAGAAUUAGCUAACAUUUAAGAAACCAAAUAGUAUUUCAAAGACAUAUGGCCACUGGUGAUAAGCUGCUCCCUCUGUAGACCCCACUCCCUAGGGCAGCUGCUGGUUGCACAUGCCAGGCUGGCAGAGCAGAGCAGGGAGUGUACCUGGGAGUGGGGAGUUAAAGGGCUGCUUGUCCCAGUAGGCCCUCUUCUCCCCGCCCCUUCCCAUAGGCUCCGCCCAACUCCGUCUAGCCUAGGAGCCUACUGCCGGCACAAUCUCAAGCCCAGCUGCUUUUAACCCUAGCCGAGAUCCUACUCACCAGAUCACACAGCUGUGGAAGGAUAGGAGGAGCAGCCUGUGUGGCCCUGGGCCGGAUGUCACCCUCCGCUGAAACGUGCCGUGUGCCUGAUUGAGGAGCCCUCUGUAAUGACCUCCGGGGUUAGGGUUAGGGUCUGUGUCACCUGUCACUUCCCUAUCCCGUGCCAAAUAGGGAUGUGGGCAGGAAGCACGGGGUAGCUUGACUGCCCCACCAGCCUUUCUGGUUUCUCCCUCGUACCGUGGGCUCCUUGGUGCAUGGCUGUAGUGCUCAGCCUUCUCAGCGGCAGCACUGAGGGAGAGUACUGACCCAAGUUGGCUCCAUGCGCCUUCGUCCACAGCCAGGCCCCCUAGGCAUGGAGCCCUUCUUCCGGAAGCGGCUCACUUUCUUGUCCUUUUUCUGGGAUAAGAUCUGGCCAGCGAGUGAGUCGGAGGAAGACAUCCCCCGGAUCCAGGGACUUGACGACAACCCAGUGCUGGAGCAGCCCGCUGCCAUUGAGCCUUGCAGCUUUCCCGCCCCACGCGCGCGACUCUUCCGCGCGCUCUACGACUUCACUGCUCGGUGUGCAGAGGAACUGAGCGUCAGCCGCGGAGACAGACUCUACGCCCUCAAGGAGGAGGGCGACUACAUCUUUGCCCAAAGGCUCUCUGGGCCGCCCAGUACGGGACUGGUUCCAGUCACCUACCUUGCCAAGGCCACCCCUGAAACGCCCUCAGACCAACCUUGGUACUUCAGUGGGAUCAGCAGGACUCAGGCCCAGCAGUUGCUCUUGUCUCCCGCCAAUGCACCUGGGGCCUUCCUCAUCCGGCCCAGUGAAAGCAGCGUCGGGGGAUAUUCUCUGUCAGUUCGGGCCCAAACCAAAGUCUGCCACUACCGCAUCUGCAUGGCACCUGGUGGCAGCCUCUACCUGCAGGAGGGCCGGUUCUUCCCCAGCCUGGAUGCAUUGCUCGAUUACUACAAGACCAACUGGAAGCUGAUACAGAACCCUCUGUUGCAGCCCUGCAUACCCCAGAUGCCCCUGGCUCAGGACGAGUGGGAACGGCCACGCUCAGAAUUUGUCCUUCGGAGAAAGCUGGGUGAAGGCUUCUUCGGGGAGGUGUGGGAAGGCCUGUGGCUGGGCUCUAUGCCUGUGGCGGUGAAGGUUAUCAAAUCAGCUGACAUGAAACUGGCAGACCUCACCAAGGAGAUUGAGGCACUGAAGAGCUUGAGGCACGAGCGGCUGAUUCGGCUUCACGCCAUAUGCUCCCUGGGUGAACCUGUGUACAUCGUUACUGAACUCAUGGGCAAGGGCAACUUGCAGGUCUACCUGGGCAGCCCUGAGGGAAAGGCCCUGAGCCUGCCUCAUCUACUGGGGUUUGCCUGCCAAGUAGCUGAGGGCAUGAGCUACCUGGAGGAAAGGCGUGUUGUCCACCGGGACUUGGCUGCUAGGAACGUGCUGGUGGGUGAUGACCUCACCUGCAAAGUAGCUGAUUUCGGCCUGGCCAGGCUGCUCAAGGAUGAUGUCUACUCCCCAAGCAGUGGCUCCAAGAUCCCUGUCAAGUGGACGGCACCUGAGGCAGCUAAUUACCGUGUCUUCUCCCAAAAGUCAGAUGUCUGGUCCUUUGGCAUCCUGCUAUAUGAGGUCUUCACUUAUGGCCAGUGUCCCUAUGAAGGAAUGACCAACCACGAGACACUACAGCAGAUCAGCCGAGGGUACCGCUUGCCACGCCCAGCUGCCUGCCCAGCAGAGGUCUAUGUGCUUAUGGUGGAGUGCUGGAAGGGCAGCCCUGAGGAGCGUCCCACCUUUGCCGCACUGAGGGAGAAGAUGAAUGCCAUACACAGGCGGCUCCAUCUGAGCCUCACGUGACCAGGUCUCCAGCCCCACAGGCAGCAGUUAUGGCAACUGCUUCCGAAGGGUGUCUCCCAAGGAAACACCUGUCGCCAACCCACAUGGGAGAUGCCACACAACUGGGAAUGGCAACAGCCUCAGAGAACCCCACGCUGAGGGCCCUUCUCUGACAAGGGCUGGUACUUACAUGUGCACAACACCAGAUGGACACAUGCAGACUGGGUCUGGUCAUGAGCACUUACUUAGAUGGUGAAGGCUGUGUCCUCCUCCUGGCACAGUUUGAAUCCCUGGUGCCUCCAAAGUGUUGAUCAAGUACAGAAGAGGAGCUGUAAGGAAGUGUGCCAGCAGAGCCAGCAAUUUCCUCUCUGCCCUCACCUCACUCUGGGCUUGGCUUCCUCAGCUCCCUUCUAGGAUCAAGGAUAAGAAGCCCAAUUUCUCUCAAGUCUGACUGUGGAUUUGGUUAAGUAUCCAGUGCUAGGGCUCCCAAGCACACCUCACCAGUACAUGCUGUGUGCUCACAGGGGAUGGUAGCAUCCCCUGCCCACACCCAUUGCCCCCACAGGUACUGGUAAACUCUAGGCACACAGAGUCAGCUUCAAUAAACAUGCUCCAGUGGAUUCACAUA